AUGCGAGGACGGCCGGCCAAGCGAGCCUUCAGGUCUGCGGGCCUUUGCAUUCUAUGCAUGCUCUUCGUGGCGGUUGCCACCCCGUCCUGGGCGUGGUUGGGUCGCCACAAGGCCGAAGAGAGGCCAAAAUUGCCGGUGAUGGACGUCGACCUCGUGGAGCUAGAGGUGCCCCCGAGCGCAGCGCCUGUAGCCUUCCAGAUGUCGAAGCUGUACAUUCCCAUCAUUCCAGAAGUGGCCACCUUUCUGAACCAAACCGACCUGGAAUGGAGCUACCGUGACGAGUAUCCGCUCACCGGCCGACCGCGAUUCCACGUGUCUGUGCUCGGACAGCCGUUCCGGAUAAAGAACAGGACAGUGCAAGGAAUUCACACAGUCAUCGAGCUUCCCGACCAAGUCUCGACCGCUUCCUGCAAGGUUGCUGUCAUCAACGCCGAGGCUGAGCUUGGUUCCCAGCAGCACAUCGGGCCAACGCGUGCUGUUCUUCUGAUCUGCCAGGCCUUCGUACAUGGGGAGGCUUUCAGCCGCCAUAGACACGAGACGGUAGAGUAA